CAGAUCGAGGGCUUCAUGCCGGAGUUGCGCGCCCGGCUGCUGCAGGCCGCCGAGGAGUUCCAGGAGUCGCGGAGGAGGCAGCAGCUGGACAAGGAGAGGGAGGUCGCCAGGUCAGUCAUCGCCAGGUCAGAUCGAGGGCUUCAUGCCGGAGUCGCACGCUCGGCUGCUGCAGGCCGCCGAGGAGUUCCAGGAGUCGCGGAGGAGGCAGCAGCUGGACAAGGAGAGGGAGGUCACCAGGUCAGUCAUCGUCAGGUCAGAUCGAGGGCUUCAUGCCGGAGGUGCGCGCCCGGCUGCUGCAGGCCGCCGACGAGUUCCAGGAGUCGCGGAGGAGGCAGCAGCUGGAUGGACAAGGGGAGGGAGGUCGCCAGGUCAUAUCGAGGGCUUCAUGCCGGAGUCGCACGCCCGGCUGCUGCAGGCCGUCGACGAGUUCCAGGAGUCGCGGAGGAGGCAGCAGCUGGAUGGACAAGGGGAGGGAGGUCGCCAGGUCAUAUCGAGGGCUUCAUGCCGGAGUCGCACGCCCGGCUGCUGCAGGCCGCCGACGAGUUCCAGGAGUCGCGGAGGAGGCAGCAGCUGGAUGGACAAGGGGAGGGAGGUCGCCAGGUCAUAUCGAGGGCUUCAUGCCGGAGUCGCACGCCCGGCUGCUGCAGGCCGCCGAGGAGUUCCAGGAGUCGCGGAGGAGGCAGCAGCUGGACAAGGAGAGGGAGGUCGCCAGGAUGCGACGCCUGCAGGAAAUCGAGGAAGAGUCGGAAGAGGAACUGGAAACUGUGGAAGUGCCCAGAGAGGAGAAGUGGGACUGCGAGACCAUCCUGUCCACCUACUCCAACCUGUAAAACCAUCCCAAGAUCAUCGAGGAGCCCAAGAUACAUAUUAGUGUUGUGCGUGCUGGGCUCGGUAGCGGCGUACACGGGUCCCGACCUGCCGAAGGGCCCUUUCUGCGGCAAGACUCGUGAGUGCUGUCGCGACCGGCUCGACUCCUGCGCGCACAGGAUACUCGACACGUUGUGCUACUGCGACGAGUUCUGCGACUUCAACCGCGCGCACGACGACUGCUGCCCCGACUACCUGCCCGUGUGCCGCAACCAGACCGCGGAGCCGGGGCUCAUCCUGCAGCCGUGCCGGCACCGCGGCCAGCUGUACAUGCCCGGCCAGACCCGCGCCGACAACUGCAACACGUGCGAAUGUGUCCACGACGAGAGGACGAAAAAGACGGAGUGGUCGUGCGAGCGCGACGCGUGCCUAAUGAGCGACGACGUGGUGUACGGCGUCAACCAGCCCGGCCUGGGCUGGCGCGCAUACAACUACUCGCAGUUCUACGGGAAGAAGCUCAAGGAUGGGCUCAUUUACAAGCUGGGCACGCUGCCCCUGAGCGCCGAGACGCAGCGGAUGCUACCCAUCGAGUACGACUCGGAUGAGCCGCUGCCCGACAGCUUCGACGCUCGGCAGCGCUGGCCCGGGUACAUCACGCCCAUCGUCGACCAGGGCUGGUGCGGCUCCGACUGGGCCGUGUCCAUUGCAGCCAUCGCGUCGGACCGAUUCGGCAUAAUGUCGAACGGCGCCGAGAGCCGGGUGCUGGCGCCGCAGACGCUGCUGUCGUGCGGCCGGCGGCACCAGCGCGGCUGCGGCGGCGGCCACGUCGACGUGGCCUGGAACUUCGCGGGCGAACACGGAUUGGUAGAAGAGAAAUGCUUCCCAUACACGGCUAAGGCUGAGAGAUGUCCUUACCAGCCGCAUGGGGACCUGAUCCAAGAUGGAUGCCCGCCGCAGGACCCGCGCCGCACGGCGCGCUACAAGGUGGGCGUGCCCUACCGCCUGCUCAAGGAGGAGGACAUCAUGUACGACAUCAAGCAGUCGGGCCCCGUUCAAGCUGUGAUGACAGUGUACCAGGACUUCUUUCACUACCGGGACGGCAUCUACCGGCGCAGCCGCCACGGGGACGGCCAGCUGCAGGGGCUGCACAGCGUCCGGGUCGUGGGCUGGGGCGAGGACCGCCAGGAAAAGUUCUGGAUCGUGGCCAACAGCUGGGGCACGGAGUGGGGUGAGAACGGCUACUUCCGCAUCGCGCGCGGCGCCGACGAGGCCGGCAUCGAGUCGUUCGUGGUGUCGGCCUUCAGUGACGUCACGACCGCCUUCCUGCGCGCGCCCGCCCGCCGCCGCACAUAACACGGCGCCCGCCUCGUCACGCCGCUGUGCGGCGCCGGCGCCCCUUCCGAACGUCAAACGUCCAGGGGGGGGUUAAUUUUACGAGGUACAUUGGUUAGGUUUUGAUCUGUUGUACUAUUUUGAUUCAAAUGCCGUCUAGAGAGUAUAUCGUUCCCCACUCGCAGAAGGAUUCUUUCGAAAUUGAUUUAAACGUCCUCUAGGGUGGUGUAGACUCUAGUGUAUACGAGGUGCGAGCAUUCAGUGUUUUAAGGUAAAAACCUCUUUACGAACAAUGUGGUUACUUACAAAAGUAAAAAAAAAACGGUCAAGUGCGAGUUCGUUUUACUCGCGCGCCGAGGGUUCCGUACAUACUUUGAAUUAUCUCGUGUAGCUAUGAAGUCGAAAGACUUUUGAACAGAAUUGCCUAUACUAAGUAUAUUUGUGUACAACACCAUCUAUCGGCAAAUUGUCUAACUAAUUUGCGCGAUGUAAUGCACGUAUGUUGGUUUUUCGAGGAUAAUUCUUUAUAUUGUGCCUUUAUUUGAAAGAAGAUGUAUUUAAUGUAAUCUCAGAAAUUUCAGGUGUACCUAAACACACGUAAAAUUGGUUAAAUUUAAAACUGAAUUCGGAAAGGUUUUUUUUUUAAUAAUUAAAAAAAAAAGUUACCAAGAAAGAGGUCUAAUUAUAUUUUUCCUGUAAAAUUUAUAGUAAUGUUAAUAUUUUGUAAAAAAUCGUAAUUUUUCGUUGGUAAACUUCGUAGAUAAGAGAAGGGGAAGAUAUUUUUUUUUCACAUUUUCCUUAAUAAAUCAUUUUUUAUCACUAUGAAAAAAAAGAAAAAAUGUUUUAGAAUGUACAAUUUGAGCACUUGCAAAUGAUACCCCACUUGACCUAGUCACUAGACUUUGAAAUUUUGCCCCCUAUUCAUAUUGGGCAUUUUCCAUAAUUAAUUAAAAUAAAAUAAAAUAAUAAUACUUUCAAUGUGUACAGGUUAGCAUUGUUCAUAACUAUUCCAAAUUUCAAAUCGAUAAGUGAUUCUCGAGAUAUUUAGCGAUGUGAUAGACAGACGGACGGACAGAGUCGCACCAUAAGGGUUCCUUUUGUACCUUUUUAGUACGGAACCCUAAAAAUCGACCCUCUCACACCCUGUUGUUGGAAUUUAGACGUGUAGUAUUAACCUGUGUUAGGGUAACGAAUUUUAACUAUGUAAAUAUAUUCGAUCAAUAAUGACUACAACUAUUCCUGUGAAUAUAAUGGACGUACAUGAAUGUAUUCAGAAUAAUUCAAAGACCAAAAUGUGUCCACAUCCUAAAGAACGUGUAAUAAAAAUAUUUUCAGAUCAAAACCUUUACGGUAAGGAUAUUUUUGUACUAGAAUAUAUGUUGUACUUACGAUCUCCGAGAGAUAUUGUAUUGCUAAAUUAUAAAAAUGAAUCGAUCGAAAACGACAUUCGAUGAACAGAUCUUAUACGUAGUGGAUAAGGUAUUAAUACUUACUCUGUAAUGCAAAUAGAUUAUUAUUAGUCCGUUCUAGUACAUUGCCAAAACAAAGAAAUAAAAUUAGUUUGUAUUGGACCAAAAUAUCUGGUGUGAUAGCAAUUUCUUUAUCUAUUCUUUUGUAUAAGCAUUGUAUAAAUGUCUAGUCUGUAAUACUGUGAAAAUAGUCUGUGUAACCAAUUCUUUAAAACAAACAAUGUGUAGUGUGUUCUAACAUCUGCCUAGACAUAUUUAGGUACUUUCCAGUGGAUCCAGGAAUCUAGUAGUUUAUCUCUGAAUAAAUAGAUAUUACCGGAUAACCAAAUACAAGUCAAUUCAUAUCCUCUUAAGGCCCAGCCAUAGAAAUGAAAAAUCCAAAAUUUGCCACUGGAAUUUGAACCUAUAGUGCACGGAAUACAGUAGAUUUUAUUUUGUUUGAAAAUUGCACGAAACAAAACAAAUGCAACUCUGUCCUAAUUGAAUAUGAUUUAAAUUUCAUCAAACUGAAUAAGUCCUAUAGGUAGGACCUUGGGCCUUACGAGGAUAGGAGGAUUUUACACUUUCAACGAUCAAAUGGAAAGUACCAAAUAUUUUCAUAUUUAGUUUUUUUUUUUUCUAAUAAAGAUAGCGUAAUAAUAAAGCUUACCUUUUUCUUUAAUUGUUAGCCUUAUCCAAUCAGUAACAGUAUUUCUUGCUAUGUAUUAUAUCGUAACUGCCAUUAUUAUUUUUAGUAAGUACCUAGAGUCGGACCACGCUAAGUUUUCAUGCCAAGGGCUACGUCAAGUAUAAGGCUAUAGGGACAUGAAUGCGUUCUUAUUGCCAAGUUUGUGCAAGGUUAGCGUGGUCGGAGUCUAUUUUAAUAAUUUAAGUUUACUAAUUAUGGAUUAAUUAUUAAAUUGAUUAGUUAUUUCGCUUAAAAUUAUAAAAAUACAUGAUAUUUCAAAA